CGACGCAUAAAACAUAACAAAUUCACAGUAGUUACACUACACAUAGAGAUAUUAAGAUAUGCUUAGGUCUUUUUUGGUUCGUUCACCCAAAAUGGCUGCUCCCUUUGCCAUUUCCCCUCUUCCAUCCUCUACGCCUUUCCCUUUCCAUUUCCAUAAACCACACUCAACGCCGCGCUUCGCUUCACUUCACGGUACCUUGUUCUCUCCAACCACUUCCAGCUCCAUCCUUAACCUCUACCGCGCCAAAAGACAAAAAUGCCCCUCAUUUAUCACUCUCGCCAUUGCCACCGAUUCCUCCAUCCACCAGAACCAGAACCAGAACCAGAGGGGGAGCGAGGACAAAAUUGUUCUUCCAACUAACGAAUCUUCUGAGACGCUUCUCAGGAUUCGCCACACGUGUGCACAUGUGAUGGCAAUGGCUGUUCAAAAACUAUUUCCUGAUGCAAAAGUCACAAUUGGGCCUUGGAUAGAAAAUGGGUUUUAUUAUGAUUUCGAUAUCGAGUCUUUGACUGAUAAUGAUUUGAAGAAAAUCAAGAAGGAGAUGGAUCGAAUAAUUGGCAGAAAUUUACCACUUGUAAGAGAAGAAGUUUCAAGAGAUGAAGCUCUCAGGAGAAUAAUGGCUCUGAAUGAACCUUACAAGAUAGAGAUUUUGGAAAGCAUUAAAGAAGAACCCAUCACGAUUUAUCAUAUUGGUGAGGAAUGGUGGGAUCUUUGUGCCGGACCUCAUGUUGAUUCUACUGGUAAAAUCAACAAGAAAGCGGUUGAACUUGAAUCUGUUGCUGGUGCUUACUGAGAUCUUGAUUUGUUUUCAAUUCAGGAUGAUGCUGGUGGGGGUUUAGUUUUCUGGCACCCAAAAGGCGCCAUUGUGAGGGACAUAAUUGAAGAUUUGUGGAAAAAAAUUCACAUGGAUCGUGAUUAUGAUCUUCUGUACACACCACAUGUGGCAAAAGCUGAACUCUGGAAGAUUAGUGGUCAUUUGGACUUCUACAAGGAGAGUAUGUAUGAUCAGAUGAGCAUUGAAGAUGAGAUCUAUCAGCUUCGACCAAUGAACUGUCCUAAUCAUAUUUUGGUAUACAAAAGGAAGCUGAAUUCCUAUCGAGAUUUUCCUAUUAGGGUGGCAGAAUUGGGAACCGUUUAUAGAUAUGAGUUAUCUGGAAGUUUACAUGGGCUUUUCCGGGUCAGAGGUUUCACUCAGGAUGAUGCACACAUCUUUUGUUUGGAGGAUCAGAUUAAAGAUGAGAUAAGGGGUGUCUUAGAUCUCACUGAAGAAAUACUGCUGAAAUUUGGUUUUGACAAGUAUGAAGUAAAUUUGUCUACAAGGCCUGAAAAAGCUGUUGGGGAUGAUAAUAUAUGGGAGAAAGCUACCUCUGCUUUGAAAGAUGCUUUGGAUGAUAAAGGUUGGACAUAUCAAAUUGAUGAAGGGGGAGGUGCCUUUUAUGGGCCAAAGAUUGAUCUCAAGAUUGAGGAUGCUCUUGGUAGGAAGUGGCAAUGUUCAACCAUACAGGUUGAUUUUAAUUUACCACAGCGUUUCGACAUCACGUAUGUUGACUCGGAUGGUGAAAGCAAGAGACCUAUAUUGAUCCAUAGAGCAGUGCUUGGAUCCUUGGAAAGAUUCUUUGGUGUUCUCAUAGAGCAUUAUGCUGGUGAUUUUCCAUUGUGGCUUUCUCCAAUACAAGUUCGGGUGUUACCUGUUACUGAUGCCCAGCUUGAGUAUUGCAAUGAUGUGAUCAAUAACCUGAAAAAGAAAGGCAUCCGUGCUCAAGUGUGCCAUGGAGAACGCCUGGCAAAGCUCAUAAGAAAUGCAGAGAAGCAGAAAAUUCCAUUGAUGGCUGUUGUUGGCGCAAAGGAAGUUGAAACAAAAUCAGUUACAGUUAGAUCUAGAUUCGGUGGGGAGCUUGGAACCAUGUCAGUUGAUGAUUUGAUUAGCAGAAUAAAUUUGACAACAGAAAACCCAUCCUCAAUUCAUCAUUUUGAUAUUUCAAAUUAAGCAAGGUCGUGGGCCUACUACCAUCCGAAACAUCAUGCUUUGUAAUUGUAUAUUUUACAACAUCAAGUUAGCAUGGGCUCAACUAAUAACGUGAUAGAUUCUGGAAUAGCUGCAGACGCAAUAAAUCGAUUUAGCUCGAGAAUUGAUAUUUGGGUACAAGUUCUGUGUUUUAUUUUUUAUGCUUUGGUAUUUUUCUUAUUUAUGCAAAGAAGAGAGUAAACAUUUUAUUU